UACACAAGUUUACUCACGGCAAGGAGACGAUAAUUUCUCAAACAACUUUUGUUUAAAUUUGUUGUAGUUUAGGCCUCUGUCUUAACGAAACUUGGGGAUCUCUUUCCGGCGAAGAAUAUAUUCACUGGAGUCUUUCGUCAAUAAUAAUUUUCAUUGCGAAUUGUGAGACUCGUGUGAUAAGAUUUACCAAACGGUGGUCAACGAGCAGUCCCUCCGUUUGGUAAUAGAUGAAGUUUGAAAGACAUUGUUCCAGCUACCCUGUGAAGUGCCGACGGUUUUGAUUUCACCGAGCGCAUGUUAUCGCUAAGCCGAAGGCUAAGAACGUUUUCAAGAGUUUCCCCCGCCGUUGAUUUGCCAGUAGUACUUCAGUCAGUACUCGGCAGUCAACUGAAGCAGCAAUGGCGAUGAGUGGGUACUUCACGGAAGGGCAGCCAUCACCUGGAGUGCACUCUCCACCGACGUUGUCAGAUCACGAUCGGGAUUCACUGUCAAAGGAGCCCUUAGAGCUAUCCUCAGGCAAGACAUACGACACAAUAAAGGGCAAAACAGACGAUUCUGGAGAGUUAACAUACACUUUAUCAGAAGCUGUGGAGAAAAUUGGCUUUGGCAAAUUUCAAAUAAGAAUUUUGCUGAUGGUUGGAUUUUUUACAAUUGCUGAUGCACUGGAGAUGAUGCUGCUCUCCAUUCUUGCGCCAACUAUCCGCUGUAUCUGGCACCUUCCAUCCUGGAAGGAAGCCUUGGUUACAACGGUGGUUUUUGUUGGAAUGAUGUUUGGAUCAUCUUUUUGGGGAUGGCUUGCAGACAACUACGGACGAAAAUUUGUAAGUUUCUUAAAUACAGUGGUUUUUGUUGGAAUGAUGUUUGGAUCAUCUUUUUGGGGAUGGCUGGCAGACAACUACGGACGAAAAUUUUUUUUCUGGGCAAUAGGAUCUGUCUUUACUGUCGCAGUUGCUAUGGCUGUGAUGCCAACAUUAGGCUGGAGGUGGCUGUUAGGAUUUCUCUCACUACCACUUCUUUUCUUUGUUUUAAUGAGUUAUAGCUACAUUGCACAGAAAAUCAGUAGUACAUGUACCACAUCAAAGCUCUCUGUGAGUGAUAACACUUCAGUGUUUCAACCACAGACAUUGAGGUUUGAGUUGUGA